AACUCCAUCCGCCACAACCUGUCUCUCCACACGCGCUUCAUCCGCGUCCAGAACGAGGGGACGGGCAAGAGUUCCUGGUGGAUGCUGAACCCCGAGGGGGCCGGCAAGAUGGGGAAGGGCCCCCGCCGACGCGCCGCAGCCGCACUCUCCAUGGACUCCAGCGGCACCAAGUACCUCAAGUGCCGCGGCCGGGUCAGCAGGAAGCGGGCCGGUACCGGUACUGGUACUGCAGCAGGUGGACCGGGAGGUCUGGGGGCCCGUGGGCUGGGAGCGGCCGCCAUGCAGGGAUCCCCCGAGCACGGCAGCCCCGCGGGGAAGGCUGGAGGAAGGCUGGGCAUGGGGGGUGGUGGUGGCAUGGGGGUCGGUGGCAUGGGGGUCGGUGUUGGUGUUGGUGUUGGCUGCGAAGAGUUUGAUGCCUGGACGGAUCUCCACUCCCGCACGAGCUCCUCCGCGUCCACGUUGAGCGGCUGCCUGUCCCCCAUCCUGGCGGAGGCGGAGCCAGACGAGCCGGAGGAGGGGGGCGGGGGGCUCUCCUGCUCCACGUCACCGCGCCUCUACCCCAGCCCCUCCUCCAGCACCCGCUCCCCAGCCCUGGGCACCGGAACCACCGCCGGCCUCCACUGCCCCACUUCCUCCGUGGAGAUGCCCCAACUGCCCCAGCUAGCCGACCUGACGGGGGCCAUCAGCCUGGAGGAGGGCUACGCCCAGGUGAAGAGGGUGGUGGCCGCGGACGGCGGGGGUGUUGGUGGGUACCCGUCCUAUGGCAAGGCUGUGGCUGUGGCUGGGGAUGCCGCUGGGUAUUACGGGCAGACCUCCAUCUCCAUGGGCACACUGCAGCGGCAUCACCACCACCACCACCAGCACCAGCAGCAGCAGCAGCACCACGUGACCCUGCAGACCAUGCAGACCAUCCAGGAGAACAAGCAGGCCACGUUCCAGCGCCACCUGCGGGGCUACUCGGAGAACAACGCCCUGGAGAGUCUGCUGGCUGGCGGGGGGCCUCAGUACUGUGGCGGUAGCGGUGGCAAGGACAUGGACAACGUGGACAACGUGGACAACGUGGCCCUCCUGUCACAGCAGACGCACAGCAGCAGCCACACUCACAAUCACAGCUCUCACGAGCACGCCCACAAUCUCCACAACGGCCAUGUGGCGUCCACGACAGGCCACGAGCAGACGGGGGCAGGAGGAGGAGGAGCAGGAGGAGCAGGAGGAGGAGGAGGCCAACAACAUAAUCACAAUCACUCGCACAAUCAGCAGGGUCCAAUCAGCAGUGGUGGUCAUCCCCACAAGCCCCACCCCCAUCACCCCGGCCUCGACUACAGGCACCCGCACCACCUCAGCCCGGGGCACGACUACGGCCAGGCGCACGACGCCACGCAGGGGCACUUGGGCCAUCCGGGCAUGCAAGGUGGUGGUGCCCAACAGCCUGCUCUCUCCCCGCGCCUCGACAGCGAGCUGCUGCAGCCGUACAGCUUGAAGAUGACGUCCAGUCUGUACGGCCCUCCGCCCAACCAGCAGCAGCAGCAGCAGCAACGUGACGCCGCACAUCCGGCCGGCGGCGUCAUCAUGGACGUUCCCCAGGACCCCUGCCGACUGGCCUCCGUCGCUCUGCACCCCCGCCACCAUCACCACCACCACCACCAGCCCUACCCACCGUCGCCACAGCAACAGAGCAUCGCAGACGCCUGGCAGGGUUACUACGGCGCCAGUAGCCACCAGCAGCAUCAUCACCCGCAUCACCAUCAGCAUCAGCAGCAUCAGGACCAGUAUCCUGGUCACCACGGCAACAGCAUCAGCAGCAGUAACCGUCGCCACGCCGAAGGCUCCAUGGAGAUGGAGAGCAGGGCGACAGGAGGAGGUGGAGGAGGAGCCACCUCCAGCUCCACCUCCACGUCCAGCUCCGCCUCCGCUGCCAGGAGGACUCUGGACUGCGACGUGGAGUCCAUCCUGCUGCGCGACUUCAUGGACACGGACGGUGCCGCGGUGACCACAGACUUCAGCUACGACGGCUCGCUGUCUCAGGGCGUUGGCAUCGGGUUGGGCCUCGGCAUGGGGGUGGGGGUGGGCAUGGGCAUGGGCAUGGGGAUGUUCGGGGUCGGACCAACCCAGACACACAGCAGUCAGAGCUGGGUGCCCGGCUGA